AUGGCUUCAGUAGAAAGUAUCUUUAUUGGUUGCAAUCGAGAACUGUAUACCAGUGAUUACAGUGAGAGGUUCAAACGGGUCGCUUUCGGGGCAGGAAUCACCAUUUCCAUCUGGAACCCUCUUGCAAACGACUAUAAGGGAGUAGUCACUACUCUAAAGUCGCAUACAAAAGAGGUGCUGUGUGUCAAAUGGGUCCCAUUGACAUCUUUUCUGCUAUCUACUUCUGAGGAUUGCUCAAUAAAAUUGUGGAAAGUUGACGACAAUGGCACAGACUACGAAUUAGUUGGCACCACCAACCAUCAUAAGCAUAGUGUCACGAGUCUUGCAUUGGCUGGCAGCUCGUUAUUUUUGUCAGGGGAUGCAUCUGGAUUAUUGUGUUUCUGGCAUAUUUCAGGCAAAGGCGAUCUAGAAUUAUUGCAUGAGUUCACAGUCAAAGACGGAUUUUACUCAUUGUCUCUGGCCCUUCAACAGUUGUCUGAUGGAGAUUUCCUUGCACUGAUAGGAGGCACCAACACUAAUAUUUACGUUUAUUCUUUCAAUUACGACAAGUCUCCGGCAAAGAUUGCAAAGUUUGCUCAGUCUGCCGUAUUAGCAGGACAUGAAGAUUGGGUGAAAUCAAUAGUGGUAAAAAUGCAUGAAGGUGAUUUUUUUAUUGCCAGUGGUGCUCAAGACAGAUACAUUAGGCUUUGGAAACUGAGUCUAAACGAAAAAAUUGAUGUUUCUGAUGAGGAUUCCACCAAGUUAACACUACUCAGUAAUAAACAGUACAAAUUUACCAUCGGUCAGACCCGAUGUGCAAUUCACUUCGAUGCUAUCAUCAUGGGACACGAUGAUUGGAUAUCUCACUUGAACUGGCAUCCAACUAAACUGGAGCUACUCUCAGCAUCAUCAGACACAUCCGUUAUGAUCUGGAAACCUGAUCCAAUCAGCGGUAUUUGGGUAGGUAAAACUAGGUUGGGUGAACUUAGUAUGAAGGGUGCGUCAACAGCAACAGGAUCAUCUGGUGGGUUCUGGUCUUCACUAUGGAUAUUUGAAAAUGACAAACAAUAUAUUUUGACGAAUGGAAGAACAGGUUCCUGGAGAUUGUGGUCAUCUUCAAAUGGAGAUGACUGGGACCAACAGCUUGCCAUUACCGGUGCUAUAAAAAGUGUCACUGACUUGGAAUGGUCAGAAAAUGGAGAAUAUUUAUUGGCAACCUCACUGGACCAAACCACAAGGCUUUACGCAAGAUGGGUGUCUAAUUCGGAUGGCUCUCCGCAUACUCCAACUUCAUGGCACGAGUUUGCAAGACCCCAAAUUCAUGGUUACGAUAUGGUGUGUAUAUCCUGUUUGAGUAACAAUAGGUUUAUUUCCGGAGGAGAAGAAAAAAUUCUGAGAUCCUUUGAUGAGCCAAAGGGAGUUGCAAAGCUAUUAGAAAAAUUCUGUAGCAUGAGACAAACUCAUAUUGAUGAAAUGCCUGAGAGUGCUUCGUUGCCUGUUCUAGGCCUUUCUAACAAAGCAGAGAACGAGUCUGCCGUUACACACGAAAAUAUCAACAAUGACGAAGAGGAGGAAGACCAAUCCGAGAAGAAUAUUUCAUAUGAAGUCGUUUCCGCUCUUGAUCAGCCUCCAUUAGAAGAUCACCUGCAAAGACAUACUUUGUGGCCCGAAAUUGAGAAGCUUUACGGACAUGGUUAUGAAAUCACGGCAGUGGAUUCAUCUCCCGACAAACAAUUGGUAGCUUCUUCUUGUAGGUCAAAUACACCUGCACAUGCUGUAGUCAGAGUUUUUGACACCAGAACGUGGCAGCAAUUGCCCCAGGUACUUGAAGGUCACGAUUUGACCAUUACCAGAUUGAAAUUUUCUCCAAACAAUCAAUUCUUGCUCGCCGUGUCCAGGGAUAGACGAUUUUCCUUAUGGAAAAGAACUGGAAGUGACUUGCAACAGUUUGAGCUUCUUAAGCUGCAAGAAAAGGCGCACUCGAGGAUUAUUUGGGAUUGUUGUUGGGCACCUUCAGAAUUGUCAGAUUCGACGUUCUUCACCGUUUCUAGAGAUAAACACAUCAAGGCUUGGAGUUACGACGAAAUCAAAAAAGAUACGAUUCAGCUCGCUUCUCUCAAGUUGGAUGAACAAGUUACGGCAGUGGAUUCGUUCAAAGCUGCUAUUGAUGGAAAAGCUGUAAUUGCACUUGGCACAGAGUCUGGUAGUAUAAAAGUGUUCUCUUUCAACAACAACAAUGAAUUUGUACUGAUCAAUGAGCUGGAUUACAAGAUCGUUCCUGGUGAUAGAGUCAACAGAAUAUCCAUUAGUCGAAACUUACAAGAUAAAAAAUUACUGAUGGGAGUCGGCAGCAGUGAUACGUCAACUCGUAUUUAUAUUUUGUCUGUAUAG